AUGUCAAGUCGGGCAUUACGUCGGCUACAAAAAGAUAUAAUUCCUUUACCUGGAGAUAAUAGUGAUAUCAAAGAUAACGAUGUUGCUGAGGAUGAUACAUUUAUGCAAUCAGCACUUCACAAUAAGAAAAAGAUCUUUGCUGCUAAUCCUUUCGAUUUGUUGGAGAAUAGCAAUCCGGAUGAAGAAAUAAAUGGAUGCAAUGAUGAGUGCACUGAUCAGACUCCUCCAGUUUCCAAUAAUGAGGAAGAAGAGAAACCGCAAAGAAAGAAAGUAUCUCUCCAGAAAAAGAAGAAAAAGAAGAAACCUAAAAAUCUCAGGCUAAUAAAAGAAAACAAAAGUGAUUACACAGAAACUAUGAUUGAAGAUGAAAUCGAUGCCAGUUUACGAGAGGUGAAUGCUAUUCUUGGAAACAUUACCAAUGGAAUAACUGAAUGCACCAAACAGCAGUCUGCUUUGUCAGCCAAUUGCCGGUCACUUCUUAAUGUAGAGCAUCGAAAUUUAAAUCCUGAUAAUGAAAUGAAAAGAAUAUUUGGAUCCAGGGUCAUUCAGUCAGAACAACCGCAUAAGAGGGCUAAACGUGGACGUUCAACAACAUGGAUGGCCACACCUAAAGACACUUGGCCUAUGUACUCAAAAACAAGUUUAACAAUGUCCGUCUUGGAAACUGCCCCUGAUGGUAAUUGGCAGAUGUUUACCUUUGAACAUGGGCCUCCUUACCAACAAUUACAAUUAGCCUUCUAUGAUGCUGUCAUGUCAGUGAAUUCUGAAAAUAUUGUACGCCUUCUUCAUGACAAUCCUUACCACAUUGACUGUCUCCUUCAGUUGAGUGAAAUUUGUAAGAAUGGAGAAGAUAUGCAAAUGGCAAAAGAAUUAGUAGAGAGAGCAUUGUACUCUUUUGAGAUGUCCUUCCAUCCAUUGUUCAGCUUGACAAAAGGAAAUUGUCGACUGGACUUUAGACGCAUGGAAAAUCGAUCAUUUUACACAGCUCUCUUCCGGCAUAUUACCUAUUUGGGUAAUAAAGGGUGUAACCGAACUGCUUUAGAAUUUUGUAAACUACUUCUUAGCCUUGAUUCUGAAUCAGAUCCACUAUGUGUCUUAUUGAUGAUUGACUACUAUGCAUUACGAGCUGAAGAAUUUUCAUUCUUGAUCCGAUUGUUUGAAGAAUGGGAGCCACACAGAAAUUUAUUGCAGCUGCCAAAUUUUGCAUUUUCUUAUCCAUUGGCCUUGUAUCAAUUGGCAAUGCAAAAAGAGAAGUCCACUGAAUUGUCUGAUGAAAAACUGCAAAAAAGUUUGCGACUGUUUCCAGGUAUUCUGUUACCUUUGUUGGAUAAAUGCAGUGUUCAUCCAGACUCCAGUGUCACUGCAUGUACUUUAUUUUCUCAGGCAGAUAUUAGCAUGCCCGGUGGCCUUCGUCAGUUGAUAGGGUUGUAUGUUGGACGAUCUUGGCCAUGUUGGAAAGAACCACAUGUGAUAUCCUGGCUUGAGAGAAAUGUACAUGUGGUCAUUGAAAAAGCAGUGAGUGAAUCUGAUGUAGACUUGGAAUAUUACAAAAGGUGCAAUAUGCGGUAUCGAGGAACUCCAAGAAACAUCAGCAGGCAUAUUCUUCUAUCAGAAAUUAAAGAAGCUAUGACAGACCUACCACCUGACGUAACAAAUUCUGUGAUUUUGAGCCAUGAUAUUCUUCCCCCUGAAGAUAACAUUGAAACAUACAGCAGACCAACACAAAGGUUUGGGCCUCGAAGAGUGGAAAGCAGUAGCAGUGUGGCCAAUUUUUUUCGAUCUUUAUUACCAAAUUUUUCAAUAGAUGAGCCAAUUCCAGAAGAGAUGGGUGCUGCAGGGGGUAAUCGAGGUUUACAUCUUACACAGAGUAUUGAGACCUUAUUGGAUGCUAUGAGGGAUCUGAUGGGAAACAUCCAGCCUGUUCCACCUCCUGUGGAAAAUCCACAACCUGGAGCUGACAAUCAAGAACACAAUGAGGAAGAAUGGAACUAA